GAUACCGAACUACACAGCCAUCUGGACCACGUGCAGCAGCACGCGCCUGGCCCUGUCAAAGCACAGCAUCAGCCGAGUCACGAGCCGCAGGGCGACGAGCACGAUGUGGCGAUCGUACGGAGAGAGAAGCGGAGGAAGACCACGAUCGGAGACGAUGGACCGCGACGCCAGCGCAUCACAGUCACCCAGCAAGUACGGAGGUGGCAAGGGGAAGAAACUCAAUGGCAAGUCGAAUGGAUCCGCCAACGAGGUGAGCAAGGACGACGAGAUGGUGACGAUCGAGAAGCUGUGCCUCAACAACGCACAAAUCGUGCGACAACUCUCGGGCAGCUUGUGGGACUUCUACCUGGUAGAGGGAGAGCACACGCCGUCGGAGGCGGGAGCCAACGAGGGCCAAGAGUACGCCAACAAGGUACAGAACGGAGCGAAGAACAUGGGCUCGCCGCACGUGUACAUCGGAGCGACGUUCUUCGAGGAGCUGGCCAGCCUGACUACUACGCCGUCACCGUACAAAGAGACCCUCGAGCAGUUCGCCAUGCUGAUCAACGUCAUCCACGUGGACCAUUUCGGGGACAUACUGCCGUACUUCAAGGUCAAGAAGGCAUACAGCGAGGCAGGGAUGGGCACGAGAUGGAAGAUACACAUUCUCUUCAACGCGCUGGCGAUGAGCCCGUGGACGGAGGAGAACGAAACCAAGAUCAACCAGCAGCGCGAGGCACAAGGACAGACGCCGAUCAAGCUGGAGCAAGCUCAGACCUACCACCUACGCCAAGCGACACACGUGGCCAUCACGAACAGCGGGGGCAAUGCCAUCGUGGGGGCGCCGCCGCCGAGUGCACUGGAGCGCCGCCUACAGAACUACCUGCGCGAGAGGCAAUUAGCAGCCAAAGGCAGCGUGAGGGCAGCAGAGCUGCUCUCGAGACUCGGCAAACGCAAAUGA